UGACAGUGUUUGUUCAAAGUAAUCUCCCCUCGUCUUCUCUACCGGAAAUAGGUGGAGCAGAUAAUGACGUGGAUUCCUCAAGUUACGAAGAUCCACCAAAACAAACCAAUUUUUGGUUAAGGUGAUUUAUAACAACCAUCUCCUCCACUAAGAUCUAUGUCCUGUUGAUUGCUCAACUUUUGUGUUUUGAAUUAUGGGAGCAGCUGGGAGUAGCUUCAGUGAUCUUCCCACCAAUGACUACUUGAAACAAUUGUCAGGAAAUAAAUCUCUGUCAUCAAUUGACCCCUUCUGGAACCAGUUGUUAUCUUUUUCUUUCCUCUCCCCAUCAUCCAGUGCUGACGCCAGGCUCUUGGAGGAAUCUACUUCAUCAAUAUGUAAAAAUUUAGCCAUCAACAAUUUCCAGACUGGCAAUUUUGGUGCUUUGGUUCGUAACUUUAUUGUCAGGGCCACAGAACUGAAAGCGUCAACACAAUGUGAAGAUAAUAUAUUUACCUGGCAAACCUACAAUGCUCUGUUUAUCAUCAGAAGUUUAUGCAAGUAUUUUGUUGAAAAUCUCAGCGAAGAACUCAUAACGCAGCAGUUUGACUCUGUCAACUCAGCUGAAGCAGAAUGUGAUUCAGAUGACGACACUCCUCUUGCAGAGAAGUUAAUGAACUCUCUCGUGGAAUUGCUUGUCGACGUUCCAGUUGUGAAUUUCUCUUAUGCUUUGCAUCUGGAGGCAUUGAACACUCUGAUAGUUUUGCUGUCUAUCCAAAUGUAUCAACCCCAAGCAGCUUCCAACUUUGCCUAUUACAGAUACAUGAUGCAAGGAAAAUGUUCAAUGCAUGCUUGUUUAUUAAUGAAGGUUCUUCUGAGAAAUUAUAUCAACCAAGAAAAAUGCCCUGCAGAAUUGUUUAAAUCGAAUAAUAACAAUAGCGGCAUGUUAUAUAACCUGACAUCGUCCGUAGCAUCUGGUCUUUGGAAUGUUGUGACACUUGGAAUGGGUAGUACUGCCAAAAAGAAAGAAGAUGAAUUUAUCACUGAAGCACUUUUAGCCAACCAAAGCAUUCUGUUUGUACUAGUGUUGGCUAAUCACUGUACAGGGGAACGCAAGAUGAUUAACCCAUAUCGACAGGCACUCUGCUCUUUCACCAAUUCUCAAGAUGAAUCAGAGAGUUCUGUCCCAACGGAAGCUGUUGCAACCUUCAAACUAGACUUCUCUAAAUUGUAUAAUACACUUUGUGAAACACUUCGAGAUGAUCAAACUACUUUGCUUUUGUAUCUUUUACUGCACAGAAAUCCACACAUGAAAGCUUUCAUCUUAUCCAGAACAAAUAUAGAUUCAUUAGUGAUGCCUAUUCUACAAAUCCUAUACCAUGCACAAGACAAAAACUCCCAUCAUAUUUAUAUGGCACUUAUUAUUUUAUUGAUUCUAAGCGAGGAUGAUGUCUUUAAUCGUGCAAUUCAUGAUGUUACAAUAAAACAUGUACCUUGGUUCAAAGAAAGAAGUAUCAAUGAAGUCACAUUAGGAGGUCUCCUCAUUCUCGUUGUCAUACGAACCAUCCAAUACAAUAUGACACGGAUGAGAGAUAAAUACUUACACACAAAUUGUCUUGCUGCGUUAGCCAAUAUGUCUUCUAACUUCAACAACUUACAUCCUUAUGUUGCUCAGCGAAUUGUCAGUUUGUUUGCUCAACUGUGCAAGAAACACAGCAAAUUGGUUGAACAUAUUCGAAGUGCUGCAGUGAAUGGUUCUCUUGAAAUGGAACAAGGAAAUGGUGUUGACUCAGAUUCAGAUGUAGAUUAUGUACAAGACUUAGCAGUUCUUGAAGAAGUGAUUCGAAUGGUGUUGGAAAUAAUCAAUUCCUGUCUAUCCAAUGGAAUCUUACAUAAUCCAAACUUGGUCUACUCUCUUUUGUAUCAGAAAGAUCAGUUUGGGAUGUUUCGAACGCAUCCGACUUUCCAAGAUAUUAUUCAAAAUAUUGAUACUGUCUUAGCCUAUUUUUCUUCCAAACUAGAACAGAAUGGACAGAAUCUUUCUCCAAAUGAAGUUUUAACGACCAUUAAGGAAGGGUCUUUACAGUUUCGUAAAGAUCGAUUAAGAAAAUUUCCCGAGCUGCGUUUUAAGUAUGUCGAAGAAGAAUCUCCAGAGGAAUUUUUCAUCCCUUACAUGUGGUCAUUGGUCUUUCACUCAUCACACUUGUACUUCAACCCAGCUCGAAUCGUGCUCUUCUCCCUGGCUGUUUCCUGAGAUUUACUUUCUACUGGUGGCAGUGAGGCUGACGCUGGUGGGGCAAACGUGCCUCAAGGGACUCCUAAUACUUGUAGCUAUGGCAACAGAACUGAAAUUUGGAUGACAAAAACCAGAAACGUCUUUCAACAAAUGACAUCUUCCUCUCAGGAUAAAGGCAACUUUAGGAAAAAACUGAACGACUGGACUUGCUGUUACAAUGUACAUUUUAUAUGCUUGAAUUGUUAUUAAAGAAGAAGAAAAAAAAAUAAUAACCAAAAACAAAAACAAAACAAAUAAUGGUUUUUGC